UAAUCCUGAAAAUUUCCUUCACAACAAAAACAAAACAAUUUACAAAAUUUAUUUUUGUUUUCUCUGUUUCCAAAAACACUUCACACAGUAACCCUAACGCUUUCAUAUUAUCCCAUGCACUAACAACAUAAUCUUUUAAACGCAAGAUUUUCACACUCGUUUUCUUUCCUGCCAAACAACAAUGGAGUUCUGUCACGAAAAUCGCAAUGGUGGGUUGUGCACGAGCGACCCUUUGAAUUGGAACUUUGCGGCGGAGUCAUUGAAAGGAAGCCACCUUGAUGAAGUUAAACGCAUGGUGGAGGAGUUCAGGAAGCCGGUGGUGAAGCUCGGGGGGGAGACGUUGACGAUAGGCCAAGUGACCGCGAUUGCCAGUCAUGAUUCCGGGGUGAGGGUGGAGCUCUCAGAGGCAGCACGGCCCGGUGUGCAGGCCAGCAGUGACUGGGUGAUGGAGAGCAUGAACAAAGGGACGGAUAGUUAUGGAGUGACCACUGGCUUUGGUGCGACGUCACAUAGGAGAACGAAGCAAGGUGGCGCCCUGCAGAAUGAGCUUAUAAGGUUCUUGAAUGCUGGAAUAUUUGGCAAUGGUACCGAAUCAUGCCACACAUUGCCUCAUUCUGCAACAAGAGCGGCGAUGUUGGUCAGAAUCAACACCCUGUUGCAAGGAUACUCGGGCAUCAGGUUUGAUAUCCUGGAAGCCAUCACCAAGUUCCUUAACCAUAACAUCACACCAUGUUUGCCACUCCGCGGCACAAUCACUGCAUCGGGCGACCUGGUUCCGUUAUCCUACAUUGCUGGACUCUUGAUCGGCAGGCCUAACUCAAAGGCGGUCGGGCCCAACGGGCAAGUACUGAACUCCAGUGAAGCCUUCCAACUUGCUGGUAUCAGUAGUGGAUUCUUCGAGUUGCAACCUAAAGAGGGUCUUGCACUAGUGAAUGGCACAGCAGUUGGCUCUGGCUUAGCUUCAAUGGUUCUUUUUGAGGCUAACGUACUUGCUAUUCUAUCAGAAGUUUUAUCAGCAAUUUUCGCGGAAGUUAUGAAUGGAAAACCUGAGUUUACUGACCACUUGACACAUAAAUUGAAGCACCAUCCUGGCCAAAUUGAAGCUGCAGCUAUAAUGGAGCACAUUUUAGCUGGCAGCGGGUAUGUUAAAGCAGCUCAAAAGUUGCACGAAAUCGAUCCUCUUCAGAAGCCGAAACAAGACAGAUAUGCUCUUAGAACAUCUCCUCAAUGGCUAGGCCCUCAGAUUGAAGUGAUUCGCGCAGCGACCAAAAUGAUCGAGAGGGAGAUAAACUCUGUGAAUGAUAAUCCAUUGAUUGAUGUUUCAAGGAGCAAGGCACUACACGGAGGCAAUUUCCAGGGGACCCCAAUUGGUGUUUCCAUGGACAACACACGUCUUGCCAUUGCUUCCAUUGGUAAACUCAUGUUUGCACAGUUCUCCGAGCUGGUUAAUGACUUCUACAACAAUGGAUUGCCUUCAAAUCUUUCUGGCGGUCGCAAUCCCAGCUUGGAUUAUGGAUUCAAGGGUGCUGAAAUUGCGAUGGCAUCUUACUGUUCUGAACUUCAAUUCCUUGCCAAUCCUGUCACCAAUCAUGUCCAGAGCGCUGAGCAACACAACCAAGAUGUGAACUCUUUAGGCCUUAUUUCUUCAAGAAAAACAGCUGAAGCUGUUGACAUAUUGAAGCUCAUGUCCUCUACUUACUUGGUUGCUCUAUGCCAAGCCAUUGACUUGAGGCAUUUGGAGGAGAACUUAAAGAACACUGUGAAGAACACAGUGAGUCAAGUGGCCAAGAGAGUCCUGACAAUGGGAUUCAAUGGCGAACUUCACCCAUCAAGGUUCUGCGAAAAAGACUUGAUUAAAGUCGUCGACAGGGAAUACAUUUUCGAAUACAUCGAUGAUCCCUGCAGCGCAACCUAUCCAUUAAUGCAAAAACUAAGGCAAGUCCUAGUUGAACAUGCCAUGGCCAAUGGAGACAGAGAGAAAAACUCGAGCACUUCAAUUUUCCAGAAGAUUGGAGCCUUUGAGGAGGAACUAAAAACCCUUCUCCCCAAAGAAGUUGAAAGCACGAGAAUCGAAAUCGAGAAUGGAAAUGCAGCAGUUCCAAACAGGAUCAAGGAAUGCAGGUCCUAUCCAUUGUACAAAUUUGUGAAAGAAGAACUGGGAACAAGUUUCCUUACUGGUGAGAAAGUAAGGUCACCAGGUGAGGAAUUUGACAAAGUUUUCUUAGCAAUGUGUGCAGGGAAGUUGAUUGAUCCCAUGAUGGAAUGUUUAAAGGAAUGGAAUGGAGCUCCUCUUCCUCUAUGCUAGGAUGUGUUCACUACACUAUAAGGAUACUGUUUUUUUCUUUAUUUUUUCAUGUGCUUAUGGAUUUGAUUACAUGUUGAUUUGUACUUGAAAAAAAACUUGUUAAUUCAACUGUAAUGCCUUCGUGGUUUAUACCUAUUGUUUCAGUAAACGUUUCAACAAACAAAUGUACUGUUGAUAACAAAGUAUUAGUGUUUUGCAAUUCCUCCAU